GCUUGGAGGUAUAAAGCAGACGGGGACUAAUGAUGACUGCUUCGUGCACGCAUACGUCUGGAGCGGAGUAACAUCAUUCGCGGACACAGUCAGGAUGCGCCUACUCGAUAUCGCUCGGCGGCCUCUGCUGGCCUGGCUUGGCCCGCUUUCUCUCCUCACCUCUAGUGUUCCCAGCACACAUGCGGCUAACCCGGACAAUUCGACUCUGCUCGAUCCGUUAUAUACUCGGCUUCCGACCGGAGCCGUCAAACCUUACGGAUGGGCAUUGAACAUGGCUCAAGUACAGGCGAACGGGCUUGCAUCCCAGCAGCCAAUAUGGUUCAGCUAUGUCAGAGACUCAGUCUGGUUCGGAGGGAUGCUGGAGUACAGCGAAAUGCAGGAAGCUGCGCCGUACUGGUACAACGGAUGGGUCGGACUCGCGUACCAGCUCCAGAACGAGACGCUCCUCAACUACACGCAAACUUUCCUCGACUACGUGCUCGACUCGCAAGAGUCCUCCGGCAACUUCGGCCCACCGCCCUUCAAUACAUCCCUCCCGGUCCUCCUCUGGCCGAGAUACAUGAUCAUGCUGGGGCUCAUCCAACAUGCAGAAGCAGAUCCGAGCCAGGCAACUGCCAUCAACGACCUCAUGCACAACUUCGUCUCCUACGCAGCGGAGCGAUUCGCGGCUGGCGACCUCGGUACGGAAGACCUCGGCGAGCAGUAUGGCUACCAGCAAGUCAGAUGGGAGGAGCUCGUGCUCGUCUUGCAAUGGCUGUACGACAACGACCCUCGGGGAGAAGAGCAGCAGCUCAUAUCUUUGAUGCAAGCUGCGCGCGCACAAGGGUACUCGUGGAAGGACGACUUUUACGUCGACAACGGUACUUUCCCGAGGGAGGCCGUGUCCGCAGCUGACUCUGGCAUGCACAACCAUGGCGUCAAUGUUGGUGAAUCGCUCAAGUCCGAGGCCUUAGCUUGGCGCAUGACAGGCGAGCAGAGCGACAUCGACAGCACGUACGACCGCAUCGACAUGCUCUGGCAGUACCAUGGUCGCCCGCAAGGCAUCUUUGGCACGGACGAACACCUUGCAGGGCUUGGCCCCUCCAGAGGGUCCGAAUACUGCACGAGCGUGGAGACGAUGUUCUCCCUGGAGCUCAUAUACGCUAUUCUCGGAAACCCCGAGUGGGCAGACCUCACUGAGAAGAUCACGUACAACUCCUUGCCCGCGCAGAGUACGCCGGAUUGGUGGGGACACCAGUACCUCCAGCAGACGAACCAGAUCUGGGUGAGGAACCAUACAGACGGGAUGGCGUGGGCAACGGAUGGGUCCUACAGCAACGUGAUGGGAAUGGAACCGAAUUACCCUUGCUGCACGGUAAAUCACCCACAGGGAUGGCCUAAGUUCUGGGCGAACAGCUUCUUGCUCGCCGAUAAUGGAACAUCGCUCGUGCACGCAUUCCUUGGACCUGCGACCGUCUCAACGACCCUAGCGAACGGCACAACCGCGGAUGUAACCGUCGACACGCUCUACCCCUUCGGCUCAACGCUCUCGUACAACAUCACCGCCUCCGCGCCAUUCACGUUCUACAUCCGAAUCCCCAGUUGGGCGCAGAACGCCAGCAGCAUCAGUGUCAAUGGUGCGGCGGCCUCCCCGCUCUCCCAAGAUGCCUCCUCCACGUUGCAGAGCGUGUACGUCGGCGCCGGCGAGACCACCGUGGAGCUGUACCUCGAAAUGCAAACAGAGAUUGAGGAAGGGUUGAACGGGAGCAUCGCAAUCCACCGGGGGCCGCUGUUUUACGCGGUUGAUCUUGCAUACAAUGACACUGAGACGGCAGCUCUUAGGUCUACCGGCCCAUUGGACUUCCUCGAGACGCUACCAAAUGUUCCUGCGUCAGACCUUACUCAGUACGACAAUAACACGCAUGACCACACCUGGCUCCCUACUGCCCCGUGGAACAUCGCUAUCGACCCCUCCACACUCACUUUCCACGAGGAGAGUGUCGACGAGCUGCCCUACUAUGUCUGGGAUACCGGCGCGCAGCCGCAGUCCAUGACUGCGCUCGCGUGUGAGAUCGACUGGCCCGUCGCGUCGGGCGACGCUGACUGGCCGCCUCAGAGCCCUAAUGCGUGUUUGGGCGAUGCAUUCAAUGUCACGCUGCGGCCGUUUGGCGGGACGAGAUUGAGAAUCGGACAGUUGCCGACUGUGUCGAUCGGUUCGUGAUUAGUUCAGAAAAUUGCCUCGUAUUCGAGUGAGAUAGCGGUGUAUAGACUAAUUGAUACAGAGUGCCUCUGCUAUCGAGA